AUGGGUAAAUUCCGCAAGCUCGGCCGCGGUUACUCCCACCGCCUCUCCAUGCUCAGGACGAUGGUGUCGCAGCUGGUGAAGCACGAGCGCAUCGAGACCACUGUUGCCAAGGCGAAGGAGGUCCGGCGGAAGGCGGAUCAGAUGGUGCAGCUAGGGAAGGAGGGUGGCAACAAAUUGAAUCGAUCACUGCUUGCGUGGGAGACCUCAGUGGGCAGCAGGGUUCCCCAUUGUGAAGGGCAAGCUCGGCGUGGAAGGGAAUUCAGUGCAGAGGGCAAGCCUGCCAUGCGUGGGAGCUCAACGCGGAGGGCAAGCUCGCCGUGGAAGAGAUAUCAGUGUGGAGGGAAAGCUUGCUGUGAAAGAGAGCUCAGCAUGGAGGGCAAGCUUGCGAUCAAGGAGGAGCUUGGCACGGAGGGGAGAUGGGACUGUGAACUCAGCACCAAGGGAGAGCUUGACCCUGACUGGGAGCUCACAUCUGAGGACGAGCUUCCCACCAAUGGGGAGCUCGGCGCCAAGGAGAGCCGACCGUAG